CCGACCUCCUUGCGCAGUAGACGUGCCAUUCGUGUUUCUGCCGGGAGUGCAUAUAUAUAUAUUUUUGUGUUUUGUUUUAAAACUGACGUGUGACUUACAAGUUCGAUUUUUCAUUCCUUUUAUUUCCAAGUUCUUUUGUUUUAAUUUACUCGAUGUAGUUCCUACCGAGAAGCCAAGUCUACCGACCUCCUUGUCAUUUUCCGAUUUUCACUUGGCUGUACAUACAAACAUAUAAUAUAUUUAUUGGUUAUCGAGUUCUUUAUCGUAUCGCCUUCCGAACCAUUCUGCGACUGUUCAUUCGAGUGCCAGACGACAGCGUGGGAGAACUCUAGGCCAAGACUGCCCCGAGAUGCAGGCCUGAGUUUUUGCAAGGACCCCGGCGAUGGACGAUUCUGUGCUGAGCCUGGGGAUGGACGCGUCGGGGAUGUCGGCGGCGGCCUCCCUCCCCCCCGGCACGCCGCCCGAGGAGGAGCGCCCGGGCUCGGCGCUGAGCACGGCGUCCCGGGCCUCGCGCAUCCCCGUGCUGAGCCGCUCCGCCUCGCUCAGAAUCAAGGGCUCCUCCUCGCACGCGGCCGAGGCUAGGCCCAGGGGCGAGCCGCGUCCGGGAGCGCCGCCCGCCAGGGGCAUCGUCAGGUCCGCCAGCUCGUCAGCAGCCGCGGCAGGGGUCGCUGACGUCCCCUUCUUCGGCGUCGUCCACGCCCCUCUCCUACCACGCCCACGCCCUCCCCUCGGCGUCGUCCACGCCCACGGGGGCCCCGAGGAUCUACGGCAGCUCCCUCACGCCCGAGGCGCCCCGCAGGAGGUACUCCCACGGCCCGGGCUCGUCUCCCCACUCCCCCUCGUCCUCGUCCUCCUACAGCAGCUCCUUCUACGCGAGAAGGUCGGCGCCCGCGGAGAGGAAGACGCACGUGAGGCGCUUUGAAUAUUUCUAUUUCUUAUUUUUAUUAUUUUUUAUUUUAUAUAUAUAUAUAUUUUUUUUUCUGUGGG